AUUCGAAAGAUCACGAUGCCAUGGAGCGUAACACUAUGGAUAUCAAAUAUCGUAUGGUUGGCACUUGCUGGUUGGAUCACCUCUUGCUUGAUUGUCGCCGAUGAAAUCGCUAAUUCUAUGCGCGCCGGUGAUAUCGGUGCCUUCCAUGUCGGUUGAAUUCUAUCUUUCUUCUUUUGUUUACUUUUUCUUUUUAGAGUGGGAGAUUAUAGUUCACUGCCAGUUGUCUUACUCUUAGGUGCUUGGAGCCUGGAGGUGAUUGUAUGCUUCAUUCUGUCCCUAGCAUUGAGGUUUGUGCCAAUAAGUACUCUCUCGUGAGGACCAUGUCUGGCGCCAGCAGCAUACAUCCCAAUUUACGUGCCGGGGCGCAGGAUCAAGUGUCAGCUCCAAUGCAUAGGUUGCAUUGGAGCACUGAGAUUGCGAUGGGCCAGGCUCAGUAGUAUGUUCUCACUGCUUUCAUUCUCAGAGAUGCGCAUGUUCAUCUAUGCUUUUGACAAGCGUCUGGGUUAUUUUUGACGGAUACAUGAGGUUUCUCCUUAGAAAGUAACCAGCAGUCAAGUAUUACAUGCUGAUGCAGAAAUGGGAUGAUGAUCUCAAGGCGUGGCAGCAUGAGUGCUACUGCUUUUCUGGAUGGUAGUGUUGUGUGAUUUAGUUUCUUGGUUUAUCAUACCAAGAUGCACAUAAUAUUGUAUAAGAUUCGAUAAGAUUUUUCUGGUGUAUAGGGAGCUAUGAAAGCAGUGAUAUAGAUAGGAGUACAGGACACAAUCCCAGGUUAAGGGUACCACCCUACAUGACUUUACCAACUAAGCUACUUGACAUCCACAUGUGAUUAAACUUUUCUUGUUUAGUUUCGCAAUAAAUUUUAAAGGAACCUGUAAUUUUCACGCGGCCAAGAUGUUUUGUCCUUCUA